AUGGAUUUAGAAAGAGUUACAACUUCAAGACAAGGCCGAAGAACAAGUAUGCAAAACUUAUCUGACAGCAUUGGGACACUUAACAGAGAAAUUUUGCAAGGAGUCCAAACUUUAAGAAGUCAGUUGACUUAUGAUGUUUAUGCCCACAAUCAAAAAUUAUCAUCAUUGGCUCAAGAAUUAAAUCGCUUACAGCAUGCUAGAUCCCAACAAAUAGUUACUAGAAAUGAAGUGCAAGAGCGGCUGCAGAAAUUUUUACACACUCACAAGCAAAAUAUAAUGCAACAAACAGCAGUUUAUAGAAACAAUGCUCAUCAAAAAUCAGAAAAACUAAGAGAAGAUAAUGGGAAAAUUCAAAAAGGAUACAAUAAUCGAGCUUCUAACCUCAAAACUCUCUUAAAUGAUACUGCAGAAAUAAACCGUUAUUUAGAAAGCCAAGAAUCUGUUUUGCAGGAUACGUUGAAUUCUCAUGAAACGUCUACUCCUUUUGUAAAUUUUAUUAAUGUAUGGAAAAAGAAAAAAGAUGAUAUAGCCAAAGUGAUUAAAGAUAAAAACGACUUUUUAAAUGAAAUGGACUCAAAAUUAGACCAAGAUUCUGCCAAGCUAAUUGCAGAUUUGACAAUCUUAUCAAAUAACUUAGAUCGCUCUCUUUCUCUGUUAGAAAAGAAAUGCGAGUUUUAA